CGCCCCGAGCCCAGGCGCCUCCCCGCCCCCUCCCCGCGCUCCGCGGCGGCGGCGGCGGCAGCAGUAGCAGCAAUAUGGCUGUUGAUGGGUGUUCGGGGUGGCGCUGGCGGCGGGAGGAGCUCCCCCGAGCCCCUGCGCCGGCUGCCCGUUGCUAGCUAUGGCAAAUGGUGGCGGCGGCGGCGGCGGCAGCAGCGGCGGCGGCGGCGGCGGCGGCGGCGGAGGCAGCAGUCUUAGAAUGAGUAGCAAUAUCCACGCGAACCAUCUCAGCCUAGACGCGUCCUCCUCCUCCUCCUCUUCCUCCUCCUCUUCUUCCUCCUCCUCCUCUUCCUCCUCGUCCUCGGUCCACGAGCCCAAGAUGGAUGCGCUCAUCAUCCCGAUGACCAUGGAGGUGCCGUGCGACAGCCGGGGCCAGCGCAUGUGGUGGGCUUUCCUGGCCUCCUCCAUGGUGACUUUCUUCGGGGGCCUCUUCAUCAUCUUGCUCUGGCGGACGCUCAAGUACCUGUGGACCGUUUGCUGCCACUGCGGGGGCAAGACGAAGGUAACAUAUUCUCGUGGAACAUACCCCCACCCCAGGUUCUUCAGCCUCUGUAUUCUCGCCCCCACGCCACCCUCCUUAGGUCCCCGGAAAUGCCGCCAGCAGCGGGGAGCUGGAGCAAGGAGGUCCGCGCGAGAGCCUCCGAGGCCGCGGUUUCGCGCGGAGCCUCCUCCCCGGCGCUUUUGA